AUUGGCUGUGUGAGCGUUUCCGGGGAGGGGCUGAGUGCGUGUACGGCCUGCAGAGAGAGCGCAGGCUUUGGGGUGGGCGGAACCACAGCAGUGACAGCGACGCUCCGGGGACUUCCUAACAAAGCUGUCAGAAAACAUUCAACUAACGCCAUGGCAGAGUUGGACCUGAGUCUGAGCGACGCGCUGACGGACAGCCCUGCGCAGCCCGGCCCAGAGGGCAAGGUGGAGAGAGACUUUAUGGCCCAGCUGGAGGCCGAGACGUUCGACGAUCAGGUGAAGGAGACGGUGGGGAAGACGGACUACAUCCCCCUGCUGGACAACGAUGACACCCGGGCAGACGCUGUGGCCGCUCUGGAGAACGGAGAGCAGGAGGCUCAUGGGGCGCAAAAGCCUGUCUCCAUGGCGGCUCACUCUGACUCCCUUGCCUCUCACUCCAGCCCCGUCCAAAUUAUGGAUUCUGGUCUGCUGGGGACUUUUCAAGGCUUUUCCCAGCCUGGUGGGAUUGGAAUGACCGUGGAAGUCGGAGCCUCACCUGUGCAGACACAGAAGACCCCGAGUAUAUCCGAGCCGCAGUUUCCUACACCUCAAGCUGCGUCGGACGUCCCGAAGGAUCACAGCGCCGCUCUCCCAGAGUUCCAUGCUCCCAGCAGCCCUCUGGAUGCUUCAGCAGGUUCCUUAGAGGACACUUGGCAAGACCAGACUGGGGCCAUAUCAACAGACCCACCGUUGGCUCCAAGCAUUACAGUGACGUUUUCCGACCAAGCCGAACAGCUCACAGCCAGCCCAGAGGAUGCGCCCGGCAGCUGGCCCAGCCGUGAGAGCUCCGCCUAUGCUGGAGGUGAUGAAAGAGACACGGAUGGAUCUGACAGGAAACAGAAGAAAAAGAAGAAAAGGAGACAGAAAGAUGAAGGAUCCUAUGAAAACUUUGAGAGCAGGGACCAAUCAGAGAUGCAGGGAGCAGGAGAGAACACUCCUCCGACGGAAGAGUUUUAUCAUAGGAUCGGUCCAAGAAGGGACAGAGGAGAAGGUGGCUGGGAAGAGCAUAUUGGCAAGAGCGGAGGCCGCGGGAAGAAAAGUAAAAACAGGAGGAAGCUUCCAGAGGAGUGGGCGGUGACCGCAGAACCCUUUGUUCCCUCUUCAGCGAUUGCCUCGGAAACAAAACCGGACAUAAUGAUGGAUCUUGGGAGCCCAAAUAAUGAGCUGUUGGAGACGUCUUUAUCAGACACGGAUGGUGGCAAACAGGCCAUGAAGAAAGAAGUUUACCCAGAAGAAGACUCAACCCCUCUGUCCCAGGAUGUGUUUUCUCCAACGGCAGCAGUCAUCAGUCCACUCGCUCUGAACAGUGAGCUGAAUGCUACAGCAGCUCCGUUCACAAUGCCGUCGCCCACCAACAAAACAACUCAUGGAAACUUCGCAGGGGCUGCUUCCUCUGGUGAUCCAGUUGACAUCCUAAUGGAUGCUGAAAAUGCCGUUUUGGGCCAAAGCAAUCAAACCUUUUAUAAUCCUUUCUCCUCAGAGAAUACAGAAGCAGUCAGUAACAUGGUUGACAGUGGGAUGUUCGACACCUCAAGUUCCAUUCACGAAUCUUCUAUGACGGCUGUGUCAGAGGGAGACACCUCUGCUUUUAGUUCUGCUUCACAAUCAAGCCAAGCCCUUUCCCCUAAAGUGCUGGCUUCUGCCCCACCUCUGUCCCCCUCUGAUGCUUCAUGGCUUCUGAAUAACUCUCAGACGAGCAACAGCAGCGAUCUAUUUGACUUCAGUGAAACCAGCGCUGCUGGCCAUCCUUUACCCCUGGGCCUGUCCUUUAACACCCCGAGCCCAGCACCUCUCCGCUCACCUAAAACCACUGCGCAAGAGUUCCAGCCCAAGCAUAAAGAUGGAAAGUCAACUCAGAAACAGUCCCGAAAGUCACCCUCAUCAUCUCCCCCCUCAUCAUUGAGGAGUCCUACCUCCCCAGAGGCAAAGCCCUCCCCGCAGGCUUCCCCCGUUACUUCACCCUCAUCUCCUGGUUCGGUCACUGCUGUCGGAGUUCCAGGAUCUGGUCUCAAUCCUGCAGCAAAGCCUUUCUUUCCUAGCUUUGCAGAUCCAAUGGAAGACACAGCUGUGGUCCCUCCAGUUGUCCCCAUCGUGGAAGUUAAGCCUAACAAGAUGCAGACAAUAGAGAAGAAGGACGACAAACAGAAGGACGGGGAAAAGAAGGUGGAGGCGUUUGAAGACUUGAACAAAGCUGAGCACGGGAGCGUUAAGGUUGAAUUCACCAGCAAUGAAAGUCCGGUCAAAGUGGAGAAUGAGGUGGGAAAGGACACGACCAAGGUCAACGAACACGAGGCAAAAAAGGGUGAAGAAGAAAAACAUCCAGACAAAGAAAAGGAGGCGGAUAAACCGGAUGACCAAAAGCAAACAGAGAAAGUAAUAGGAAAGGAGGAAGCUGUUCAGAAGAAGGAAGAGAAGGGUGACAAACAGCCCAAGGUAGAAGAACCAUCCGUCACAGUGGAAAAGCAAGAAAAGGUGGAGACAAUCAACAAGGUGGAGAACACCAGCGAGAAUCUGAAAGAAGAAACGAAAGUGGAGAAUGAACAUAAGGAGAAAGCAGAAAAGGUGGAAGAGAAGGAAAAGUCCAACAUGGAAGAGAAGAAAGUGGAAAGCAAACCCAUUGAGAGAGAGGAAAAUGUAGAAAAGUUGGACAUGAAACAGGAUUUCCAUGUGGAAGAAAAAGCAGAAAACAAAACAAACCAAAUUGCAGAAAAAGCUGAGAUAAAGGAGGACAAAGAGCUGCACAAAGUGGAAACGGCUUCAGAGCAACAGCCGGCACAUGUCCAGCCUGAGCCGACUCAUGACAAGAUGGAGACCAAGGUUAGGGUGGAGGUUAAAACCGAGGAGAAAGCGAAGAAGGAAAUGUCCGACACUGCCGAACCCAAGGCGAUAGAAAAAGAAACGGCUGCCACAGGUGAAGCCAAAACGAUGGAGAAAGAAAAGGUAGACACGGGCGAAGCCAAACUGACAGAGAAAGAACAGGCCGACACGGUCGAAGCCAAAACAACGGAGAAAGAAAAGGCCGACACGGGCGAUUCCACAGCGAUGGAUAAAGAGAAGGCGGACGGUGGUGAAACCAAAACAACGGAGAAAGAGGAUGCAGGAACCAAGCCCCUGGAAAAGCCUGUUGUGAAAGAAGGACAAAAAUCAGAAAAGGAGGAAAGGCAAGACAAAAAGACUGUAGAGAAGAAGGACAGUAAGAAAGAAAAAGCUGUUAAAGCAGACGGAGACAAGGCCAAGAAACCUGUGAAGGCUGCAGCCAACGGAGGCAGCUCAACGGCUAGCAAGGACCUCCCAGGUGCAGAAAGGAAGACCAAGGCUGCCGUAGGGGCGACCAAACCAGCAGGCGCUGUCAAAACGCGGCCAAACACCGCUCCCGCCGCCGCCGCUGCCACCAAACGCCCCACACCCACCACCACCAGCACUACCACUGACAAAAAAACAAGCACACUCAAGACAGCUUCCACAGCUGCUGCCGGGCCCAAACGGCCCCCCACCAAUCCCACUAGCCGCCUGUCAUCACAGCCCCCCUCCACGGGCACACGUGACGUUAAACCUAAGUCCAUUACAGAGAAGCGCCCCCUAGUGCCAAAAGCCACCAGCGCUGCCACCAGUCUAACCGGCCCUGCAGCAAAAAACGGAGCAGCCGGCGCUGCAGCCAGCAAAGCGGCUUCAUCGGUCCGCAUGGCCACGUCCACCCGCACUACUACCAGUCCUGCCGCCAAAAAGCCCCUGGCUUCUAAAACUGACAGCAAACCAGGAGAGGAGAAGAAGCCCUCCACUGUUAGGACCUCAACAGCCGACUCUACCAAGCUGAAGACCACUACCACCGCCUCAAGGAGCGCAUCUUCCACCACUACUGCUUCUCGCACUCGGACAACGGCAGCCAAGCCAGCUGCGCCGUCCUCCACCACGGCCACCACAGAGAAGAAGCCUCUGGUGCCCCGCACCACACGGCCCACUUCAUCGAUCACAUCCACCACGACUAGCACCGCCACCAGGCCCGCGGCUCGCCCCGGCACGGCUCCGGCUCCUGACAUUCGCAAUGUCCGCUCGAAGAUUGGCUCCACCGACAACAUGAAGUACCAGCCCGGCGGUGGGAAGGUGUCUUCUGUUACUCAGAAAAGGGCCGUGCCUUCCAAAGAAAGCAGCCAGAGCAAAGUUCAGAUAGUCUCCAAAAAGCUGGACUUCAGCCAUGUCACCUCACGCUUGGGCUCCAAGGACAAUAUGAAGCAUGUUCCUGGUGGAGGGAAUGUGCAGAUUCUCAACAAGAAGGUGGAUGUAAGUAAGGUGACUUCAAAGUGCGGCUCCAAGGACAACAUUAAGCACAAACCUGGUGGAGGCACCACAAAGAACGAAUCCCACAAAGUGAACUUUAGAGAAGAUACUCAGGCCAAAGUCGGGUUGCAGGACAAUGUGAGCAGUUCUCCUGGAGGAGAGAACGUCAAGGCUGAGGGGCCCCAACAGACCGAGGGGACUGGGACUCCCAUGAUUAGCAGCCUGGCUCUGGCCCCCGAGUCAGGGCCAGGAGGGGACCCUAAUACCCAGGAGAAUGGGUUGAAGGAUGGAGCUCCCAGUGAUGGUGAGGGCCUCCGGGAGCCUCAAGCUCUGGACUCCCAAAUGCCAGAAACAAAUUGAGUCUUUCAAGCUCAACUUCCGCGAGAAUGCUCGCUCUCGCACGGACCACGGCGCUGACAUCACCAUUCGGCCAGCCCCCCCUCUCUCUCUCCCCUCCGGCGACGGAUCCUGUUCUUCAUGCACGACAACCAAAGCCACCACCCAGAUUCUCGCAGUGUUUCCUCCCCCCUUCUUUGCUGCACCUACAGGUGGAGGUCCGUGGCGGACGGCAGUAGGAGCAGCAGCUCUGCGAUGGGAUCCUGACCUUUUUAAACCCCGUUUAUCUCAAAUCUGUUGUUGCAAAAAUUAGAAUUGUUCAGUAGCUCUUCUCUCACUUCAUCAUGCGUCAUUACCGUCACCCCUUUCAUAUAUUUUACCUGAAGUAACUCUGCUUUGGUCCUGAUCGGUACUCUAUGUGAAGGAAAAAAACCCAGGACGGCUUUUACUUCUGAGGAAUCGUCAACUCUUCUAGAAAACCACCUUCAUCUCCUGCUUUUCCUCGUGACUUUAGGAACGUUUUCCCUCAGUAAGCGCAUACUUAAAUAAUUCAGUGUCCAUCUCAUCAUGGCUUCCUCCAACUCUCUCUUUCAUCCUCAUGUACAAGCUAACAAAAAAGAAAAAAGAAGUCUGAAUCGUUUUAACUCUUUAUUCUCUGUGUUUGUGACGAGGUGUUUGAUUGAAAAGUUUUUAUGUAGAAAUGAGAUUCUGAUACGUUUGGAUCAACUUUUUUUUUUUUUCCUGCUUUCCAUGUUGUCCCUUGAUGAUAGAACUAGGUUGUAUUUAUUCAAUACUCUUAAUAAAAACAGCAAUAUAACA